AUGGAGGAAACUAGUAGCAUUUUUUACGAAGAAAUAGAGGAAAAUAUCCUUUCUGAAUCCCAUCUGUUGCAGUCAUCACCAAUUUCUCCGUCUGAAGAAUCUCUGUCACCGUCAUCACCAGCUUCUGAUGCUUCCUGGUGGCGUCAAAAUUGCAAUCUUCUCGAACUCAGUGGUAGUUGUGGCGAUUUUGGUACUCUCAUACCACUUUUGGUGGCACUCAGUCGGCAACGCGCCAUUUACUUGGCACCGACCUUGUUGGGAACCGGAAUCGUGCACAUAAUAUCCGGUGGCUUGGUAUGGGACAUUCCCAUGCCAUUGCAACCAAUGAAGGCAAUUGCUUCCUUGGCUAUUGCAUCGGAUUUGACUAGGCUCGAAGUCAGCAUCGCCGGAGUGGGAAUUGGGAUUUGCUUUCUACUCUUUAGUAUAUUUGCAGGUGCGAUUGAUACCUUGCAUCGAUGGAUACCUCCUUCAGUAAUUGGAGGCUUGCAACUUGGAGUGGGAUGGAAGCUUGCUGUCAAAGGAAUUCAUAUGAUUCAAGAGCUUCCUUGGAUCGAAAACCCAUAUGAUUGUAAAUUAUGGAGCAUUUUCUCGGGCCUUUCUUGCUUGUACUUUCUCAAGGCACAACUAUCGAGCAGUGGUGACCAUCAUUCUGGAACACCAGUGGGAUGCUGGCAAAAGUUCCGUCAAAAGUUUCCAGUGGGGUUGUCUUUGUUUUUGCUAGGAAUUAUACUUGCCGUUAUGAACUUGACGAAUACGAGACACGCCAAUACGAACAACUCGUCCAGCGACCUCGACCAGAAGGACACAAUACAGUUUACAUCCGAAGCGUUUGUUGUCAAUGCUCUCAAAGGGGCUACAUGGGGGGAUUGGAAGACAGGUAUUCUCGAAGGAACACUACCCCAAUUACCUCUUACUACAUUAAAUUCUUGCCUCAGUGUUUGUCUCUUGGCAAAAAACCUAUUUCCAGACAAGCCUGUAGUGGAACGCCGUGCGGUAAGCUGGUCCAUCGGACUCAUGAACAUAUUUUUUUGUCCAAUGGGAUCCAUGCCACAUUGUCAUGGUGCGGGAGGACUGGCUGGACAAAACAAGCUUGGGGCGAAAUCCGGCCUUUCCAUGGUCGUUUUGGGAGUCUUCAAAAUCACGUUAUCUAUCUUGGCCCACUAUGGAUACCUUUUGACUCUUUUCGAUGCCUUGCCCAGCUCUAUCUUGGGCCUUCUAUUAGUCAUUGCGGGUCAUGAAUUGGCCCUGACAGGAGUGUCGAGUGUGGCACACCCCAAAGAAGGAACGUCUUGGACAGCUUUUGCUCCUGGAAAGCAACCAGACUUGACAGUGACCUUAAUGACGGGAUUGAUUAUUGUAGGAACAGGUAAAACCCACGUCGGUACCCUAUGUGGGCUGAUAACGUAUCUACUGCAUGAAAGUGGACAUGUGGAGGGAAGUAGUAACGAUGGGGUGACAGGCGACACAGAUCUUGCCACUGAAGAUAGCGCAGGGAAUGAAGAAUAUUCGCCUUUGCAUCGCGAAUAG